AUGGACGGAGAUCCGAUCGGGCAAUGGCUUAUCGCGCGCUUUGAGUCAUCGCGCUGCGCUGCUCUGCGCUCGCCGCGACCGCUGCCGCCGACGUGGCCCGACUUCUUAUCGACCCGCCUCUGCAACUCACACAACGACCACGACAACAUGUCUGUCCUCCACACUUACUUUCACCGCCGCGACCAGCAGGCCUUCCAGCACGCCGUCGACACCGCCGUUCGCUCCCUCUCUCACAGCACCGCCGCCCAGUCGUCCUCCAGCCUCGGACGCUCCUUCUCCUCGUCUCCCUCAGCUCUCGUCUCCAGCUCCGCCGCCGCCCUCGACAUCAACGCCCGCGACGCCCUCGGCCGCACCGUCCUCCACCUCGCCUGCAGCAGCACCCACCCGAGCGCACCCACCUACGUCCGCCUCGUCCUCGCCCACCCGCACGCCCACCUCAACCUCCCCGACGCCGAGAGCCACUGGACGCCGCUCCACCGCGCGCUCUACGCCGGCAACCUCGCCGCCGCCCUCCUCCUCCUCCAGCGCCCCGACCUCGACGUCCACGCCAAGGACUGGGAGGGCUACACCCCCUACGACCUCUGGAACUCCUCCGUCGAGGGCACUAACCCCGAUCCCCCGCCCCGCCGCCACGAGUGCCCGCCCGACGAGCUCGACGCCGUCGAGGCCGAGCUGUACGUAUGGGGCAGCAACAGGAACGCCGGCCUCGGUGUCGGCGACGCGGGCGACAGGACGUUCCCAGAGCUCGUCCAGUUUGAUAGGGACAAGGACGGCCAGGGCAGGUCGGCUGCGAAGACGAUCGGCGACAGGUUUCGCCCUGUCAAGGUGCGGGCGGUCGACAUGGCCAGGUUCCACACAGCUAUUGUGACCUCGGAACAGAGAGCGAACUUGAGAGUGUGCGGCUUUGGCAGUGGUGCACGACUCGGCUCCGGCCUGCACACCACGACAUACACACCCACGUCGCUCGCCGGCCUCCCUUCUUCGCCGCCAGCCAUCUCGCCAGGGUAUCCGCCACCGUCGCGCGCACCAUCGUCUUCCGCGGCGCCACAGAACGCCUCUCCACGCGCCACUGCCUCCCCGCCACCCGAUCCCCAGCGCAUCGUCGCCGUCGCCGCAGGCCAGGACCACACCCUCGUCCUCACCGCCGCAGGCGAGGUAUGGAGCUGGGGCAGCAACCGGAACGCGGUGCUCGGGUACGUCGUCGAGCCUGCGUCCGCAGCCACACCAGCAGCGGACGAACCGCACGAGGACAAGGGCGGCGCCCCAGCGGCAGCGUGGCAGGAAAAGUGGCAGGAGAAGGGAGAGGUGCUGCAGCCGGGGCCGCGCAAGGUGCAGGGGCAGCUCAAGGGAAGGCGCGUGCGCGCCGUGUCGGCGUGUCGCACCGCGAGCGCGUGUGUCACCCUCGAGGGCGAGGUGUUGACGUGGGGCGUGAACAGCGGGCAGCUAGGGUACGACAGGGCCGCGCACCCCGUGCAGACCCUGCCCCGGCUCGUCACAAAGGUGAGCCAGCCGGUGCUCGACGUCACGAUCACGGACUGCGCCACCGCCCUGCUCCUGCACACGCACGACGUGCUGCUCCUGACGGCGCAGCACGGCGCACACCGGCUCGCCUUCCCGUCGCUCGCCUUCCCGCGCACCGCGACCGCGGCGUACCGCCCGCCGCAGGCCGCGCGCCCCGCGGCCGUCGCACGCGUCGUCGCGACCGAGCUCGCGCCCAGCAGCAGCGCCCACGCGCGCGAAGGCGCGCUCUUCGCCGCGCUCAGCCGUGCGGGCGAGUUGUUCACGUGGGCCGUCGCGGCGCCUGAGGCGGUGACGUCGACGUCGGCGUCGGCGUCGGCCGUGGCGAGCGGCGCUGGUGGCGCCAAUGCCAGGGAGAAGGAGAAAGAGAGGGAGAGGGAGAGGGAGAGGCGCGAGGUCGUACGGCCGCAGCGCGUGUGGGCGCUGCGCAGGAAGUUUAGCGCGGUGCGCGACGUCGCGCUCGGCGCGGACGGGUCGGCGGUCGUGUGCACCGCGUCGGGACACGUCUUUGUGCGCUCGCGCUUGCCCGCCGCCGCCGGUGCCUCCAUUUCUGCCUCUGCCGCUGGCGCUGGUACUGCCGCCGUCACCACCGCCGCUUCCAGUGCCUUUUCAAGUGCCAGCGCGGGUACGGAGGAGUUCGCGGGCAAGGCCGCCACACAGGCGCAGGCGCAGGCGGCGGGCAAGUUCCAGCGCGUGCCGGGCCUGCAGCGGGUCGUGCGCGUGUACGCGAGCAGCGCGGGCGCGUUCGGCGCGCUCCGCGUCGAUGCGCGCGCCGAGGACGUCGUCGUCGCCGGGCGCACGCUCCGUGCGGACGUCGAGCGUGUCGCGCCGUGGUUCGGUGCUGCUGCUGCUGCUGCUGCUGCUGCCGCGGAGGCAGAGGCAGAGGAGGCACUCGGUGGCGAGGAAUCGGGCGCGAGAGAGAAGGUGCUGGGGGACGGUGCGGGAUCCGUGGAAGAAGACGGUGACGACGUGCACGACCCGGCGGUCGUCCGUGACCAGAGGGAGCUCGUGGCGCUCCUUGGCUUGCUCGAUAGGCAUGCGCAGGCGAUCAAGGCCGCGAAGACGGUGCUCCCGCCGGGAGGCGCACCUGCGACUGGCGACGACGACGACGACGACGCAAACGCCUUGCUGGUCAGCCCGCUCGACGGCGAGUCUCCCCGGGUCCACGGCGCAGACUUGCUCGUGCACGUCCUCGGCGGCACCGAACCCCGCAUUCCCGCGCACCGCGCCAUCCUCGCCGCGCGCAGCCCUGUGCUCCGCGAGACGCUCCGCGGGAAACAGGCCGUCGAGGCCAGGGUGCCGGGUGGGCCGACGAUCCGCAUCGCACUCGCCAAGGACAAGGACAGGCCCACGCCGUCGUCGUCGCCGCCGCCCGCCGUCUGCCACCCGAGCCCGUGGAGCACGCCAGCGCGGCUCACCGUCUCGGGCGCACACCCGCUGACCGUGCUGCUGCUCCUGCGGUACCUGUACGCCGACGCGCUCGUCGCCGUCUGGGACUGGCGCGUCGCCGCGGGCGCAAACGUCGGGUGGCUGCCGCUGCUGCGCCGCCCCGCGCAGAUCAAGGCGGAGCUCCAGGCCCUCGCGGCCGCGCUCGCGCUCCCGGAAAUGGCGCGGGCGCUCGAAGGCGCGUUCAAGCGCGACGUGCGCCCGACGCUCGCGCGCGACCUGCAGGCGGCGGAGGCGGAGGUGUGCGAGGGUGCCGUGAGGGCGGCGGGGGCGACGGCAGCGGGGGCAGACGCGCGCGAUCCGCUCCGGCCGGACGUCGUGCUCGUGCUCGCGGACCGCGAGGUGGGCGCGCACGCGGUCGUGCUGCGCGCGCGCUCGCCGUUCUUCCGCGCCUUCUUCGACGAGCCGGCCUGGACCGCGCGGCGGUGGACGGCCGCGGGCACGGUGCGCGUCGACCUGCGGCACAUGCGCUGGCGCGAGGUGCGCCACGUCGUGCGGUACCUGUACGGCGCGGACGCGGAGCUGUUUGAUGCGCUCGUCGAAGAGAGCGGGGACCGGGACCGGGACGAGGACGAGGGUGGCGCCGUCGCGAGCGCGGACGAGCUCGUCGAGGCGGUGUUUGGUGUCAUGGCGGCUGCGAACGAGCUCCUGCUCGACCGGCUCGUGCUCCUGUGCUCGCGCGUCAUCCAACAGCGCAUCGCGAUCCCGAACGCGACGAGCAUCCUCGCCGACGCGACCUUCUUCAACGCGACCGCGCUCGUGCAGAGCGUGCAGGGCUACCUGGCGCGCAACCUCGAGACCUUCCUCGAGCACCACAUGCUCGACGACCUGCCCGCGGACCUCAUCAAGCAGUUCGCACAGUUCGUGCGCGCCGAGCAGACGCGCAAGGCCCCCGUCGCGCGCAGCGGACGCCUCGCCGCCGACGCGAUGCGGCGCCACCGCGCGUGGGCCGACAUGCAGGACUGGCCGAGCCCCGUCGUGCGCAGCACGCAGCCGCGUCCGCCGCCCGUGCGCAAGCGCGAGGCGGCCUCGUCGUCGCCGCCGCCGCCGCCGGUGCGUCCCGUGGAGAAGCGGAAGAGCGCCGCUGCUGCCACCUCUGCUGCGGACGACGAGCUGUUCGUGAUGGACAGCGUCGAGGCGAUCCCGCCCCUGAGCCUCAGCUCGCCGGUGCCGCCGAAUCUAACGACAGAGCCCAAGGCCGGUGGGUGGAAGGUGCCAGGUGCCGCGCCGAGGACCGACAUGAAGGCGAUCAUGGCCGAAGCGGCCGCGUCUACUACCCCGCGCCCUGGCCCGUCGACACCUCGCACGCCGGCAGCAGCGUCCGACGUCAACAACUGGCGCGUGCCCCAGCGCAAGCCGUCUUCCGCAGCGCUCACCGACGGCAACGCGCCGCGCAGCAGCCCGUCGGGCGGGUCGCCCUGGAAGCCGGUGCUGCCCGUGACGUCUGCGAUGGCGAGCCUCGCGGUGGGCAGCAGCUCGCCGGUCUUGACGCCGCCGAUGACGCCACAGAUGCGCGCGACGCGCGGCAGAGACGAGGCGCCGCUGGCGAAGCAGCCGACGACGGCGGCGGCGCAGCAGCAGCAGCGCCCGGGCAUGGGCCCCGUGUUCUCGCCCAGCAAGCAGGCGGCGCAGCAGAAGGGCACGGCGUCGCCGAUGCGGCGGACAGCUAGCGGCAACGCGGCGUGGACGCUCCCGCCCGUGCAGCCCACGGUGCAGCCGUCGUCGUCGCUCGCGGCGGUGGCAACGCCGUCACCGAGCGGCAUGUCGUUCGUCGCGAUCCAGGAGCUCCAGCGCGAGCAGGGCGGGCGCGGGAAGGAGAAGGCGCGCAGUCUGAAGGAGAUCCAGGAGGAGGAGCAGGCGCGCCGCGUCGAGGAGGAGUUCCUCACGUGGUGGGCCGCGGAGGAGGAGCGUCUGCGCGCGGAGCAGGCGGGCGAGUCGUCCCCCGGGGAGGCGGGUCCGAGGCGGGCAAAGGGGAAGAGGAGAGAGGGUGCCAAGGAUGGCGCGAAGACGGCGGCCGGAGAAGGCGCGAGGGAGAGAAAGGAGACGAGGCGCGAGGGCGGCGCCAAGGACGUCGGCGGUCCCACAGAGAGCAGCGCACCCGGCACGCCAAGACGGCGACGCCGACCUGGCCCUGGACCGAGCGCGAAACCGGAGGGUGCACGAGCGAAGAGCGACCUGGUCCGACAUCAGCAACAACAGUGACCCCGAUGUAAGUUUAGGACGCAUGCUACCGACAGGCGCACAUGGGCUCAAAUAACACGAUGUAGACUAGAUAGAACACUCUAGAGAUAGGCAAUGUUAAUGAGGGUGUAAUGAUUGAGUGCAAGCACUCGAUUGUGUUAAGUUGUCAAAUGCU